AUGUCUCACAAUGGUUAUGGUGGACUCGAGCAGACUAAGAGGCGGCCUGGACCCGUGGUGCAGCAGCCACGCCCACACGGGAUGAAAGCUCCAUCGCCUGCAGAAAUGAACCCUUCAAGGAUGCAUAAGUGGAGGAGAUAUAGCCAGAGUCCACAAAAGAAUAAUCAGAGUAAUUGGGCCUCUGCUCAGCCUGGUAUGCAAGCAAUAUUCUUGGGCUUAGGCCCAAAAUCUUGUGGUACUGGCGUUUUUAUUCCCCAAACCCAAUGCACUAAUCGCCCAUUUAACAAGAGGCCCGCUUUCUCCCCAGUUUUGCUGCCUGCACGAGUGGUUCAAGCCCUCAAACUCAACGUGCAUGAGCUUGGAAAACAUACCAAUAACCCUCAAUCAACAGAGCAAAGCAAAAAUAUUGCCAAAAAGGAUGACAAAAAGCAGGAAAAGGAUAAGAAGGAAAAUGGAAUUUAUAUUUCACCAGACAUUUUUUUACCUGAAGAGUGGACUUAUUGA